AUGCCUCGAAACGUUGAAAUAAAAGCACGUAUUGAUGGUGAUAUUAAUGAUUUAAUAGAACGAAUUCGACCAUUGGCUGAUGGUCCUCCACGUCAUUUUACUCAGAAUGAUACAUUUUUUAAUUGUCCAUCAGGUGGAAGACUUAAAUUACGAAUAGAACAAGAUGGUCCAGCUCAAUUAAUUUAUUAUGAACGAAAUGAUAUAUCAUCAUUAUCAAUUUCUAAAAUAAUGUAUCGAUCAACAUGUUUUCAAUGGGGAUUUUAUGAUCCUCAAAUGUCCGGUUCUAUUGAUGGAACUGAUUUAAUACCACAUGAUCGAGCUAUAACUCGUGCUUAUCAAUCAAAAUACGAACCUCCACAUCGAUGUUCAUCAUUAUUUAUUGGACAUAUUCCACCAUCAUGUACUGAAAAUGAUCUUGCACAAAUAUUUCCUAAUGCAACUAAUAUUAAUCUUAUUCGAGAUAUCGUUACACGUGAAUCAAAAGGUUAUGCUUUUCUUGAUGGACACAUUGAUAGAAAUAAAGAAUAUAAAUUUAAUGAACAUUUAUUAUUAAUUGAAGAUGUUGCUUCAAAAAAACUCUUUGGCUGGAAACCAAGACGAUGUGGAGGUGGAUUAGGAGGAAAAAAACAAUCUGGUCAAUUAAGAUUUGGAGGAAGUCAAAGACCAUUUAAAAAACCUUUUCAUAUUAAUGAACUAAUUAAACAAAGAUGGAAAUAUUUAGAAAAACAAAGAGAUCAAUACAAAAAAAAUUAUUCAUUCAAUGUUUUAUCAUUAUCAUUGAAUGGAAUUCGUGGACAAGUUGAUAAACAUCGAACUUUAUUUCUAACAGGUCACGGACAAACACGAAUACAUAUUGAUCAAGUUAAAGGUUUGGAAUCAUCAAUCUUCAUUGAACUUGAAGUUAUGUUACGGGAUGAUCAAACAUCUGAACAAGGACAAUUAAUUGCAAAAGAUUUAUGCCAAAAAAUAGGAAUUCAAGAAAAAAAUCAUAUUAAAUAUGCUUAUAUUGAUUUAUUAUUAGAAAAAAAUUCUACUCAAGAUUAUCAUUAG